CUACAAUUCCCACAAUGCACCUGACGUACCACGCACUUUCUGGAACCUCCGCGACUCUUCUAACGCCACUUUUUCAGAAUAGCGAGCUAACGUCAGAUUGACCCAGCCUACCAUUGAAGCACUUCACCCCAUAAGGACUUUUUGUUAUGUGGGAGCUAUUUCUGCUUUAACGUGUUAUCAGUGUUAUGUUGGUGAGACCAUGUAGAGCCUGUUGUCUUGCGCUAAUGGGAUUAAUCCAAAGGGGAAACUGAAUAUAGCUAACAACAACAACAACAACAACAACAGCACGAAGGGGCCGGGCAGCUGCACAGCUGUCGACCCGUGUGCGUCUUCAAUUCAUUUCACCCACUGGAGCACCAUGUAUCACCCUGUUUCCACACGCAGCGAGCUGGGGUUUCUGCCAGCCAUGUAUUCGUUUUCAGGCCCCACAAGCUAUCCUGAAUUCGACCUCGGAUCUCCAAGUACGUCAGACCACCUACAGAGAGCACCUCUCUCUAACAGCAGCUGGGAAACAAGAUGCCUCAGGAAGCACAGGAGGAGAGUUGAUGAUGAGGGAUGCAGUGCCAAAAAGAGGAGGUUAAUGUUCGAGGCAGAAGUGGACGUUUCAGAAAACUCCAACACUAGCACCCAUCAUGACUGGACUACAGCGUCCAGCCGCCCUCCUCUGCCCGCACAGCCCAGCAGUCCUGCACCCCCAAAACCCUGCCCAGCAUCUCACAACCCAACUUUGUCGCAGCCGCCCUCCACUCUGCCCCGACCCGAGCCAGAGAGCUCCUGCAUGGAGGUAGAGGCCGCUCAGAGGAAACUACAGGAGAUCGAAGACAGGAUAACGCUGGAGGAUGACGAUGAAGAUGAAGAUCUUAAUGUAGAGCCGGCCCCGAGACGGCCGGUGCUGGUGAUGUCCGACAGUCUGAAGGAGGGUCUGCAGCGCGGGAUCAGUGACAUCUUGCCGCACACAGUAGCCCAGUCUGUGAGCCAGUCCUGCAUGGAGCUGGUGUUGUGGCGGCCUCCAGAAGAUCCCUUCUGUCGGAAGCGAAAGGUCUCUUUACAGAAACAGCAUAAAAAGCAUACAGUGUCUCGGCUGCCCCCGACUCCCUGUCCAUCUCCUAUCCCUCACAUCCCCUUGAGUCCCUCCAGUCUGCCUGCAGACACACACUCUGCUCUGUACAGCUUUCCUGUAGUCCACACCUUUGGAGAGGAGGACAUGGAGAUGUAACGGUGCUUGAUGAUCGAGAAGCAUGCCAAAGUAAAAUACUUGAAAUGUAGUCAACAGAAGACUCUGUAAAGGACUUGGAACCACUUGAAAUGGGUCAGUUUGGCUUUGCAGAAAUCUGAUUAUUUCAGACAGACGCGUUUUGUUUAACAGUCCCGCCGUUGAGGUUUUUUAACUAUAAUCUCAACCAACUAUAUGAAAGAUGGAACAAUAAGGCUAACCUUACCUAGUUUUAUUAAUUUAAAUCUCCUGUUAAGAGGUCAAGAUACAUUUCUUUUUCUAGGCAGCCUUACUUAAAUGGUUUUGUAUAACUUACAGAAUUGUCCUUGGCCCUUAGAAGUGACAUCAUUUGUACAGCAUUUUUGCCAAAUCUUUUCCAACAACUCACUGAAGUACUGUAAAUAAUUUGAUCUUUGUCCAACAUCAGUGUGCAGCACCCACGUUUUGUCCAGGUUUUUAUGUUUAGCAUUUUUACCAAGACAUGUGCGUUUGUUCCUGUGUGUUCACGUUUGCUCAUAGCAUGACUUCCUGUUAGCUGUUGUUGUGAUAGAAAGAUGACCUUCCUAUAGUGCUUAGCAAGUACACCAUCUGAGCUUUGAGACAUUUGUAAAGAAGUCAUGGAAAUGCACCUUUAAUGAAUUGAUUGUAUUUUCAUACUGUGUAUAUAUACAUAACCCGCCACCGAGUGUUAUGACCUUGUUUGUUUUUCAAUAAACUCUUACAUUUUCCAGA